AGGAAGAAGGUGACGUCAGUUGUCACUUGGCUCAGCGCUGAGGACUGGAAUACUGCGCCAGAGGAAGUGCGCCCGUUCUCCGUCUACGCGUCCCGACUUCCUGCUCUGAGCAGGAGAGAGAAAAGCUGCGGAUCCGCUUUCAGACAGCGGGGCAGCAACAGCAGCAGCAUGGAGCCCCAACACACCUCGCACACACCGCUUUAAAGACACAAACCCACACAUCGCACACGGACAGAGGAGCAGCCACAGCUAGAUCACCUGUGUCUUUGGUGUCCCCGUUCCCUCCCCAUCAUCAUGGAGAGCUCCAUCACACUCUGGCAGUUCUUGCUGCAGCUGCUGCUCGACCAAAGCCACAAACAUCUUAUCUGCUGGACAUCCAAUGAUGGCGAGUUCAAGCUGCUCAAGUCAGAGGAAGUGGCCAAGCUGUGGGGCCUGCGCAAGAACAAGACCAACAUGAACUAUGACAAGCUGAGCAGAGCACUGCGCUACUACUAUGACAAGAACAUCAUCAAGAAGGUGAUCGGUCAGAAGUUUGUCUACAAGUUUGUGUCGUUCCCUGAGAUUCUGAAGAUGGACCCUGCAUUGGUGGAGUCGGGUCGCAGCAGUGAGGAAAGCGGGGGCACCGCAUCAGAACCCGAGGCUGAAGAUGAGGAUGGGGGUGAGAGGAACCAGUACCUCCACUCCGGCCUGUAUUCCUCCUUCAAGAUCAGCUCCCUGCAUCACUCCUUAGAGCAGCACCGGCCAAUCAAGACAGAGCCCAGAUCCGAUCGUCCGGAUGACGGCUCCUCUGUCAUCCGAUUCAUGACCCACCGUGGCCACUCCUCGCUCCCCUCCACCCCACCCCCAUCCUCAACCGAGAACUCCCAUUCCUCCAGGCCGUCUCCUCAGCUGGCCUGCUCUUCCUCCUCCUCCUCCUCCUCCCCUCCACAAAGCCCCACCCAUAUGCUAGUGAGAGUGGGAGUCCAGAGCACAGAUGCAGAUGAAUUGGAGCCCAGCGCACAACCUCUAAACCUGUCAUCUGGUCAGAGAGACAGGGAGAGGUUACAGAGCAGGACAACACCAGAAAGGAGGGGACUGGCCAAUAGUACGCCUGUAAAAGGAAGAAAACCGAAAGGCUUGGAAAUCUCCGCCCCUUCACAUCUCUUGACAGGAAGUGACCUUGUCUCACUUGCCCUCAACAGCCCAGCUCUGCCAUCUGGGUCUCUGACCUCAGCCUUCUUCACAGCACAGACUCCGUCUGGUCUGCUGCUCACUCCCAGCCCUCUGCUCUCCAAUAUCCAAUUCUGGUCCAGCCUCAGUCCAGUGGGACCCCUGAGCCCUGCCCAACUGCAGAGCCACGCGCCCCUCUUCCAGUUCCCCACACUGCUGAACGGACCCAUCCCUGUGCCUUUGCCUGCCAUGGACACCUCCUCUCCUCUGCUGCUGUCCUCCAGCUCCCACAAGUCUUGAUGCCAGCCUAAGAUAACAGGGAAAUGGGCCAGACCACAUUAACACUGAACCGGCGCCCAUUAAACACAGAAAAACCGCCGAGGAUUUGGACUCGCUCUGUUACACUUUAAAUCCAACACCUGUUGCUUUGUAUUGAUUAUAGAAGAAACAGGAGCUUAUCUGAAACUUUGCUCUCUGAGAAGAGCAUCUGCAUUGGCCCCUUUUUCAUGUUUACUUGCUUUAACAUGUGUUUGGCGUUUUCAUUCCUUCAGGACAGAAAUCUUUGAACUGUUUUCAAGCAAAGAAUCUGAGUGAAGGCCAGACCUCAUCACAUUUCUCAUGUCAUUUUUUU